AGGAAGACACCUACAGGAACAAUCUUAAACACAUUAUUGUUUCCUCUAGAGUGUUACAAACUUAACCAUCCCUCCCAUGUGAGGGGAGAGAAGGCAAGAAGACAGGCUUUCCUGCCCCAGAGUUUGCAGUUGAUUUUGGUACAUUGCAUUGACUUAAAAAUACUGUAAGAGUAAUUAUAAAUGGAUCUGCAACGAAGUUGCUCCACUUGAUACUGUUUAUCUAGUAUCUGUCCUACACUUACCCUUUGUUUUUCAGUUUAGAUUGUCUCCAUAAAUUAGUGGUUACUCAUCAGAUAGAGCCACCCACAGAAAAGCAAACUGCAUUGUAAACAUCUCAUUUUUCUGGGAUCGGGGGAAAAUAUGUUCCUUUCUGUAUUUAAUUCCCCUCCCCACAAAAGCAACUAGUUCUAAUACUUAGAAACUUACUGGCCUCUCAUUGGGGGUGGGGUGGAAAGGGGGCUGGGUGAUCUUAGUUGCCAUCUAUUGACAAUAAUAGCAGUUUGCAAUAAAUUUUUCAUGAACUUCAUAUUAUUCUUUUGAUAGCUAGUGCUAGCAUAGUAAAAGUCUGUAUGAGCAAACUAAGCCCCAUACCCAUUUUCCCCAUGCUACUCAUUUAAUUAUCCUAAGGAGUCCUUUUAAUCUUGAAAAUCAGUAUUUCAUACUGAUAUUUUAUUGUCCUUUAAGUAGUCAUACCUCCAUCUUCAAUUGGCAAUUCUAAAUUUUUAGAUAUAGUUGUGAUAAUUACUCAGUAUUUCUGGGAGUUAUGUGCCCUCCUUGCUUGGAUUGCUAGCAUAUUUUGCAUAAUUAGACCCUAACACAUUUUACAGGGUUUAGUCAGACACUGGCUGGGAGUCCUGGGAAUGAGCAAAGAAAACAUCAGCAUAGAGCACUUGGACCUCCCUUGCACCUGUUUGGAGGAAGAACGUGAACUAUACCACCAACCUAAGAGGUCUUACAGCCUUGCUGCAGGACUAGUUUCCUCUCCUUUCUUUCUAUCAAUUUUCCAGUAUACUCAAGAAAAUUGGAAAAUUAUAAUGGGGCAAUUAUAUUUCCUGAAACCUUUUGCCUGUUGAAAUGUGCAGGACCCUUUUCCUGUGAUGAGAGAUAGGUGGUUACUUGAUCUAGGUUUAAAAGUUAUGUAAAAGAAAAAAAUUAUAAUAAAAGGGAUACUUUGCUUUUAAAAUCUUGUUUCCUUUUAAUCUAGGUAAUCCUACUCAAAAUAAGUAUGUAAAGAAGAAAAAUAAAAGUUGUCUUCCUGGAAGCAACUGGUCUUCCUUGGUUGUACUGAGUUAGUCAUGCGAGGAUAAAACAGUUGAUGCUGCUAAACGAGGAAAACAGAUGCCCCUGGGGUUGAUUUAGGGGAUGGCUUUCGCAGAGCAAACACCUCUGACCCUUCACCGCCGGGACCUCUGUAGCCGCUCUAUCUGGCUAGCAAGGAAGAUUCGUUCAGACCUGACUGCUCUUAUGGAAUCUUAUGUAAAACAUCAGGGCCUGAAUAAAAAUAUCAACCUUGACUCAGUGGAUGGUGUACCAGUGGCAAGCACUGAUCGCUGGAGUGAGAUGACUGAGACAGAGCGACUCCAAGAGAACCUCCAGGCUUACCGUACCUUCCAAGGGAUGUUAACCAAGCUUUUAGAAGACCAGAGAGUGCAUUUCACCCCUACUGAAGAUGACUUCCAUCAGGCAAUACAAACUCUUACGCUCCAAGUUUCUGCCUUUGCCUACCAGCUAGAGGAGUUAAUGGUGCUUCUGGAACAGAAGAUCCCUGAAAACAAGCCUGAUGGGAUGCCUGUCACAGUUGGAGAUGGUGGCCUCUUUGAGAAGAAGCUAUGGGGCUUAAAGGUCCUUCAAGAGCUUUCACAGUGGACCGUGAGGUCUAUCCAUGACCUCCGUGUCAUUUCUUCUCAUCACAUGGGAAUCUCAGCACAAGAGAGCCAUUAUGGGGCCAAAGACAAGCAAAUGUAGCUAUUUGCUCUUCCCUUUUAGAUCUAAUGGAGUAUUGAUAGUUCCCUAGGGCCUAGCUUUCUCAGCACCAAUUUUGGAAAACCUUAGACCACAGACAUUUCAUCAAGUAGGAUUGACCCACAUAUGAACAGAUAUACAUGGUUAUUUUGGCUAUGCAUAUGUGUGCACAUGAUUUUGUUUGCAUUGGUAGUAUAAUAAAGUAUAAUAAGGGCACUAUCCUUCCACCUUAGUGCUUUACCUUCCUGAUACUAAGUAGCCUUUCCAGGUGUUUUAACAGUCUUGCAGGCAGAAGAGAAAUUGUAACUAGUUUUGGUUGACUUCUGAAAAGACUGAAUAAAGACUAUCUUCAUUCAAACUACCCUAAUAAAAAGAACAUUGCUGUGCAGAGGCA